GAAAACACUUCAAACAAAUCAUUGCCGCGACGCAGUGUGCAGUGCUCGUUUUCACUUCCAUUGCUUCCAGAGGUGCAGUUUGGGAAACAAUUGAGAAGAAUUGUCAGCAACCUGAGACGGCAAACCGCGUUCAUUCAUUUGGGAAUGAGUGUGUGAGAGUGUCGAAGCAGCAGUAAUGGCGUCAGGGGGAGAAACCUGUGCUCCUGCGGAGGACGAGGGGGGCGUCCCACUGGACAUUGAUGAUGUACACCUACUCCUACAAGUGGAACAGGAGCAGAUUCAGAAGAGGACAUUCACAAACUGGAUCAAUGCACAGUUCUCCAAGAGGAGCCAUCCAACUGUUGUCCAGGAUCUGUUCUCAGAUCUUCGAGAUGGGACUCGACUGCUUGACCUGCUGGAGGUGAUGAGUGGCCAACGCAUGAAGCGCGAGCGGGGUCAUGGUGUGUUUCAGCAGAGAGGCAACAUUGAGACUGCUUUGAACUUCUUGAAGAAUAAAUCGAUCAAGCUGGUGAACAUAAACAUCCCAGACAUCAUAGAGGGGAAACCUUCCAUCAUUCUGGGCCUGAUAUGGACCAUCAUUCUGCACUGUCACAUAGAGGAGCUAGCCAGCACUCUCUCUUACGGAUCCCGUUCAUCCUCCCUGGAUUCUCUGUCCAGUCUAGAUUCUGUUCCUGGAUCUCCACGCAGUAGUCCUGUUCCUCGAGGAGCAUCACCGCUCCGCACCCGCUUCCGUCUGUCUGCUAAGAAGGCUUUGCUCCUGUGGGUUCGGGACCAGUGCCAGAAAGUUGGUUGCUCAGCCAGUGUGAGGGACUUUAAGUCCAGCUGGAGGAGUGGUGAGGUGUUUCUGGCCAUCCUCUGCUCUCUUAGACCUGAUCUGGUGGACCUCUCUCAAGUCCAGACCAGCAGCCACCGGGAAAACUUGGAGAGGGCAUUUCACCUCGCUGAGAAGGAGCUCAGAAUUCCCAGACUGCUCGAGCCAGAAGACAUUGAUGUCAGUAACCCUGAUGAGAAGUCUAUCAUGACAUACAUUGCUCAGUUCCUGCAGUACUCCAACGAUCUGCCCGUAGCUGAUGACGAUUUUGAGGCUUCACCCACUCAGAAAGCCAGAGAGAUUAAAUGCUGGCUAGAGCGAGCCUAUCAGGAGUUAUUGGAGGCAUGGAAUUCCACAGAGGGGAAUGGAUAUGCAGAGAGGUAUCAGGCAUUUCAGAACUUUGUGGGGACUUAUUAUGACCAGCGACGUCCAGUUAUUACAGUUCUCAGCGCAAUGAGACGUUGCGCUAAACCAAGUGAGGAGCAGAUGGCAUUGAGAAAAGCCUGGGACACCAUGGAGGAGAGGUUGCAAGAGUACAGAACAGAGCUUGAUGUUGGUUUGCCAGCCCCUCUGAACACACUGGGCCGGUGGCUCCAGCAUAUGGAAGCUGUGCUGUCUGAAGACAGCGGGAGCACAGAAGAUAAUGCACUUGCUGCCAGAGAUGCCAGACAGAAGCAAGAACAGCUGAAGGUCUUGGUUGAGGACUUAAGCCAGCACUUGAACACCCUUCAUCACUACCGUAACACAGAUGAUGAUGGCUGUCUUCAAGUGCCAAUCGAGAAGCUGGAGGAGAUCAAGAGACGUUUUACCAGUGCCAGAGUGACAGCCAAGUACCACGGCAUCAAGCUACAAUACAGAGAGCAGAUGCACCAUGUUUAUGACCUGCUGGGACGUCUGAAGUCUAAGCUGAGCCUGUGGAGAGGACCUUACGGCUCCCAAGAGUCUGUGCACUCUCUGCAACAGGAUUGGCAUGACACUGUUGACAAGCAAGGCCUGGUGUGGCUGUUGAAGGAAGCACUUCAUAAGCUGAAGGACACAGCAGUCAGUUAUACCAACAAAGCAGCUCUGGCCGACGACUCGCCUGUGGUAAACAGGCAGGUAAAGGAGGCCGAUAGUGAGACGGGAGUCAGUACAGAAGCUGCAGAAGCAGUAAGAUCCACCAUGGAGCGUGUGGUGGCUGCAUGGGUGUCCUACAAAGACUGCCUGUAUCUAUUACAGGUCUGGCUGGGCCAGGAGGGACAAUCAGAGGCACACGGGCAGGAGGACAAGCAUUUUUCCUCCAACUUGAAUGAGUGGAGAUCACGUCAAGCCCAGCUGAAUGAGGCGGGAAACUUUCUCAUUGAUAUGAGUGAUGCCUCCACCAGCCACUCUCUGACUGAAGAGCUCCGCAAACUGAACAUACAGUGGGCUGACUUUAUAAAAAGGACCAAGUUUGCAGUGGCCCCUCAGCCCAUCACUGCGGUCCCGGGUGUCCAAGCUGCGCAGUCUCUGAUGCAGGAAGCCAGCUGGGUGCUUAGAGAGACUGUGGAGGUGUCAUCUGGACCUCUACGCAUUUACAGAAAGAAACUCCAGGGCAUAAUUAAGAAGAUGUCAGCGUUCAAUUUGAACUCUUUGUCUCCAUCUCCAGACUGCAAAGAAGAAACUCUACAGAAACUCAGACAAACUCUUCCAGAGACAUUUGAGACUUUGACCCGGGUGGAUCAGGUGUGUGAGAGACUCCAAAAAGCAACAUCUCUGCUCGAGGGCAGGCUGGCUGAGCUUGAAAACUGGAGCACAGAAGCCCAAGAGGUCUGCAACCACCUAAAAGAAAGGCAGCAUAGGGGCCACCGGGGGCCACAUCCCAGGGCUAAAGGACUGAUCUCCAGAGGUCUACUGUUGGAAGGACAGGUGGUGACAGAAGGUGAGGACCUGCAGGUGCUUGUGACAUCGGUGCAGAAGAACUCCUCCCUGCCUUACCUCAGAACAUCUGCAUUACAAGACCGACUGCAACGGACUGUCUCACACUGUCAGGAGGUUACCGAGAUGCUCAGUUCUCAUGGAGUGAAGCGUGGAGGACAGCCUAAAGGUGCACAGCCCGCUUCCAAGGUUUUCGUACAGGCAUAUUCUCAGCCUGAAUCCCAAAUUGGAACCAUUCAACACCAUCAGAAACAGACAUUCUCCAAAAGCAGCAUACUUUCUCCAGAGAGCCCAGUAGAACCUCAAAGCCAAGAACUCUAUUCUUCUCAGUUGGAAGCCACCAGUGGUGUACAGCCCCAGGUUCUCCAACAGUAUCAUGAUAAAUCUCCAAAAGACCAAAGAAAAGCUAUGUGCCAAGUACAACAUACAGAGCUCAAACAGCCUUUGUUGUCAUCUGUUGUUGGCAGGAAGGUUGAAAUGAAACCCCAGACUGAAGUUCAACUGAUCUCUGUAGUCUCGAGCCUAACCAGUAGCUUUGGACCAUCAGACCUUCAAGCUGCCUCAGUAAACUCAAGCCAAAUUAGUGGCUUUGGACCCUUAGACCCUUUGCAGGUUAUCUCUGUAGACCCAAACCAAACCAGUGACUUCAGACCAUCAGAGCUACAGGUUCUCUCAAGCCAAACCAGUGGAUUUAGGCCAUUAGACUCUAUCCAGGUUAUAUCUGUAGAUUCAGGCGAAACCAGGGACUUUGAACCAUCAGACCUUCAGGUUAUCUCUGUAGACUCAAGCCAAACCAGUGGCAUUGAACAAUCAAACCCUCUGCAGUCUCUAUCUUCAACUACGUCCAGCCCAAGCACAUUGCUUACAUCGGUUACCAUGACUCAACUAAAAAUGCCAGGUGAGCAGCAUCUUGGUUCACCACCAAAAUGGCAACCUCAAACAUCCUUGGUGACACCACACCAAAGACAAAGGGUUCUGGCCAAAAGUCACAGUUUUCCUCAGCCCCAUGAUGAGCCAUCACAAACUCUGCCUGUAACCUCUCUUGCAUCCUGCCCAAGCACUUUGCAUACACCGGUAACAGUGACUCAACAAACGAUGCCAAUCAAGCAGCCACCAAAAUGGCAACCUCAGACCUCCCUGACGACCCUACACCAAAGACAAACAGUUCUAUCCAAAAGUCACAGCUUUCCACAGCCAUCAGAGGUUCCAGGUGUUCCCCAUGUCCCAGUACAGAAUGAGGUGUAUGCCAGAGCUCAGGCUUUGGCCAGGAGCAGACUGGAUAAAGCCAAAAAGCACCUGCAUGAACAUAUACAAGAUGUCAUCACUGUGAUCAGUACCAGAGACAAAUCAAAAAAACAAGCUAAUAAAAAACAGGCGGUGUCGUGUCUUCUCAGGCCUGCAGUGUUGGAGACGUUUCUAGAAGCCGUGAAGGGAAUGGGGGAUUUCUGCUCUGAUGCCCAGCUCAGAGACAUGGACCUCCUCUGUCAGUCAGUCAGGGCCCAGUGGGAGGUAUGUGCCACAGCAGCUGUGCGUUCGGUGCAUCUGGAAGCCUUGAGAAGUAUUACAGAGAGUCUGCAGCCUGCAGAGAGUGUUCUUCUCAGCACCACCCAUCUGAGAACAGACACAAAGAAGGUGGAGACUGUUCAGUGCCGCACAGACUCCACAAAUGACUUGGCACCAUGCCAGGAUGGCAGGGGGGGAGCAGUGAAGGACUGUGUCCUGCUGAGAAAGACUGUACUGCUGGAUGACCUAAGCCUCGACCACUCACAGGCUGUUGUCCAGACCAACAUUGUGGAGAUAAAACAGAUACCAGAGAGGACCGUCAUCCACCCCUGUUCAGCACAGGAAGAGAGGGUUACCACAGAGGAAACUCAAAGCAGCUACAGUGCUGUUCAGUCAGUCUUCCAGCAGCAGCUGCUUAACAACAGUCAGCAGCUAGGAUCAGAGUUUCCCAUCAGCCCCGGCAGCAAUGCCAGUAUCUCUGCUGACUCACUGAGAAUUCAACUCCAGCACCUACUGGCUCUUAAGGACCGGACAGAGGCUCUUUGGCGUGAGUUUGAGCUUCAGUAUUCCCAGAGCUCUCAGCACAUGGAAGAUGGCUGUAAUAUGGAGCAGGAGAGAACUCGGCUUAUUCAACAGUGGAAGGAACAACAGAUGUGCUUUCAGGCCAGGGUGAAGUCCCUUGAAACUGCGGUAGAGCUGCUGGAGUCUGCGGACAAUCAGAUCAGACUGAUUUCUGAUCAUAUCAAACAGAUUAGUCAGAAACCUCUGAAUAUUAGAAACUUUGCCGUUGCUGAUCCCAAAAAUCUACAUGAAGAAAUAAAGCGUCUAGAUGAAAGUAUCGAGAAGGAGCUGUUUCUGCUUAAGAGUGACGGUUCAGUUAGUGAUGCUUCUCAUCUGAGUCCCAUUGAGCUCCAAGCUCAUCUUCCUCUGCAGCAAACGCUCCACGGCCACACAAUAUGCUUGGACCAGCAAAGACAAUGUCUGAGAAAGAGUGAAUCAGCCCUGGUGGGACUCGUGAACCUCCUAUCCCAUCUCCAGAAGGUGAAUGCCGAAUUCAAUGCAGCUCACAACGCAUCAAAUCACAGUUUAGUCUCUAUCCGGCAAAGCCUUCAGCAGGCCAGGGAUGAAUCAGUUCAGCUAGACCAACUGCUGGAUGAUGCUGGUAUGAGAAUAACUCUGGAUGAUAAACCAGGCAGCUGUCAUGAGAUGGUUUCAGCUCUGGCUCUGCGUGUUGAAGAGGUCGAGGCCAGACUGGCUGUAGGGCUGAAGCAGUCUGACAGAGGAGGGAAAGGAAGAGUGGAGGGAGAACAGAGGGACAGAGCGUUCGGUAGGAAGAGGAUGGGCCUGCAGGUCGCUCUGAGGGAGGUGCUGACGGCACUCGAAAAACAUGGGCUGAAGGAGCCCACACUUCCUGCACUACAGCACAGGUUACGCUUCCUGACAGACAUGGAGAGUAAACUGGUUGCACUACGCUCAGAGAUUCAGGAUCUGAGAAAUACUUGUGCACAGACAAGCACCUCAGACACAGGCAUCAGUGAGCUGCAGACGCAAUGGGAAAACGCACACAGAGCAGUCACAGAGAGUCGUGAACAGUGUGUCUCUCUGACUGAAUUUCUGAAGAAGUUUCAGAGCUGCCGAAAUCGCUUGGGCAGCACUUUGCAGAAAGCAGAGCAGACUAUUGGUGAUCAGGCCUCCUAUAUGGGCAAAGACAACCUGCAGCUCUUGAUCAGUAAGGUGACCAGUUUAAAGUCAGAUCUCAGCGGUCUUGGCGACGGGGUGGAGGAGUUCAGAGCUGUGUGUCGGCAGCUGCAGUCUCUGAUGAGAAGGAUCCCAGACUGUGCUGACACUCCAUUUGAGAGUGAGGCUGAUUCCCUCAUGGACCUCUGGCUUGAUGUGACUGAGAAGACAGACUGUCAUCUGGACAACCUUCAAGCUGGCUUAUCUCUUUGGGAAAAACUCCUACUGUUGGCUGGAGAAGUGGAGGGCUGGAGCGCCCAAAAGCUGAUGACACUUGCUCAGUCAAACCCCUUUCAGACAGAGAAGGACGUGUCUGUCAUGGAGGAUGAGCUCAGGAUUCAAGAGGAGAACAUUGAACAUUUCCAUCGCAGAUCAUCAGAGAUCCAGGAGCUGCUGCAGAGUCGCGAGUUCCCACUGGAGCUACAGGUGAUUGAGAGCCAGCUGAGGAAGAAGAUGGCAGAGGUGAAGGAGCUCUUUUCUGAGGCCAGUGAUGUUUUCAGACAGCUGGGAGCUGCCAAAGGGAAGAUGGCGUCUGAUAUUGCAGAUCACCUGUCCUCCAUUCAAACUAUCACAAAUGCACUGACCUCACUGACCACAUCUGAAAGCCCACAGGUCCUCAACACCAUCCAGGGCUUAUCGGAGAAACUGCAAGCAGAGGCAGAGCAGGUCGAUGCAUUACUGCAGCAGAUAAAUCUUCUGGCCAGCAUUGCAGGUCUAGAAAACCUGCAGGCGCUGGCUGAAGAUGGAGCUCAAAUUCAAGAAAGCAUCUGCGUGGCUAGAGAGCUGGUCAUAGAGAAGAGAGAGCAAGCGAUGAACCCCAACAGACCUGAAAAUCCUCAGAUGGUCCGAGAUCCCAAGCACAUCAAGCCGCGGAUAAAAAAAACAGAAGAUACUGCGCCUGAGAUACAGUGUGAAUCUAAUGGUAAAACGGAGGAACAGUCACACGGAGGGCAGACACAAGAUCCUCUUCUUGAGUUGAAAGACUUCAAAGAGCAGGCCUGCAGCUGGGCCAGUGAACUGUAUCUGAAGGGCGAUUUUCAGGUUUCUGAGGAUGAGAACAGACAGAUCACACUUGAAGAGAAACUCACAGCUGUGCAGGAUGUGUGUGUUGGUCUUGGUGAGAGUAUGAAUGAGGAGCUGACGUGUGCAAUGUUAAUACAACAGAGCCACGAGAGUCUGGACUCUCUACAGGGCCGGAUAGAGGGCAGUUCUCAUGACUUAAAUGCUUUAAAGGCUCCAGAACAAGUGGAAGGAAAUCUACUAGAGGUUGAGAAACUAUCUGAGGUCCUGCAGACAAGCUGUACUCCCGAGGGUCAGACUGCUCUCUCCCAAGAUGUUUGGACGCUGUUUGGAAAGACGCCAGCCCUGAGGAAGAUCUUGGAAGAUGAGAGGACUCAGGAAGGGAACUCUGAUCCAGUUCAAAGUUCCAUUCAGUGCAUCAAGCCUCAGCAGCCUGGAGUAUCCACAGAGGAGCUCCAGUCAGUUCAGGUUGCCGCUGACAGUGAAGUGGAUGACGAAGAUCGUAUGCCCACAAAGGAAGUCAGUAAAACAGAAGAUAUAUCACCUUGCUCAGAACAACAAGCAACCGAAGAUGUUGAGAACCUUCCAUCAGGACACGACACAAAUAAGCAGCAGUCCAUGUCUGGAUCUAAAGAGAGGGAUGAAACUGGAUCUGUAUUAAGAGAAGAUGACAGCAAAUUCACUCAUGGCUCAUCCUGUGAAUCAUUAAAGCCUGUCUUUACCAUAGUGCUGGACUCUGAUCUUACCAAAUCCAACCAGAUCCCACUGACACAACCUGUCCCAGCUUCUUCAACUAAAUGGGAUACUGUUUCAGUUGUUCAUGAUGGGACUGCAGAGACAUCAGAGGAUGGCUUGAAACUCUUGGAAGUCAAACCAAAUGUUGAUGUAGCUGUAGAUGAAGAACCUGCUGUAAUAAGCUCUUCUGAUGAACCUGUACAUUUAUAUGCUGAUAUUUCAACAUCAGAAGUGCAGUUUAAAGAAAACAGCCACACCGACACCAUUGAACCCACUCAUUCUGCUCUAGACCUUGAUUUCAGGCCUAAACCAGAGAAGGACUCAUCUACUCAAGCAUUUGACCCAAUGCUUUUUUACCCAGAGAAGUAUCAAGCAAGCUCUGGAACGGCUAAGAAAGUAUUUACCAUCAUCCUGGAUGUUGAUACUCCUACAUUAUCAUCAGACGGGUAUCAAUCACUGCAAGAGACACAAUGUACAGGUCCUGAUGACUCAACCACAGAUGAAUUCUUCCAUUCAGAUGUAAAAAAUCAACAGAAGAACUCCUUUGGUACUGAGAAACAUGAAGGCAGAACGGCUGAACUAGGUCUUUCAGAAAAGUUCAAUGUGAAAUCAAAUAGCUCUGAAAUGCAGCCAGGACAGAAGGAAGCUCCGCUUAUCCAACCCCAAACCCCUGAGAUCAUAGAGAUUGACGUUCAAAAAGAUGAAAAAGAGAAGCAACAUGAAGUCACUGAUGCAGAAGCAUCAAGCCAAAUGGAUGUCCACACUGGAGAAGGCAGUGAGUCAGGGUCUGUAGUUCACCAGCAGGAUGUCCCAAUGUUGGAGAGUCAUGAUGAGGAUGACAACAACACAUCUGAAGAGCCUUCAUAUGAAGCAAACACACUUCAAAAGCCUCCAAAAGUUGCUAAAGGUAGGAAGAAGAAGAGAAAACCAGUUGGUGCAGAAAAAGCAAACAGUAUCAGUAAUAAAAAGCUGAACACAUGUAAAUCUGAACAUAAGAACACAACUCACUCAGAAAGCCUUCAAACUUCAGAGGUCAGGCUGCCGAAUGCCACAGAUACUGCCUGUGUCAGUACAAAGACUGUGUCUUCAGACUUCAGUCAACCAAACACUGCAAAGCCAUUGAGUACAGAAAACAAACUAACAGUGGACACUGUGCAGAAAGAGACCUUGAAUCAAACUGAGGAUGGACAUUUUGAAAACAUUAGCAUCUCACUUGCCGGAGAUGCCCAUAUUAAUACCACAGAUAUGGUUUUAGCAGCAGUGCAGUCUGUACAGUCAACACAUACAGAGGACUCAGAACUAGCGCCAGAAGAUUAUUCAUCUGACUGUAUAACACAAUUUUCUACCACAGUCCCAUCAGAGUUACAACUCAGCCAUACUGAAGCUCAGAGGACAGAGGAUUCAGAUGGCAGUUUCCAUUUGCAGUAUAAAGAAAUGCACAGAGCAAAUUCAGAUUCAUCUGCCACGAACAAAACGUCCCAAAACAGAGGAUCAGGAGCAGACGGUGAGGAUCAAACGAGGCAUGCGAAGCAGCCUACUGGGACACAUGUGUGGGCCACUUUACUGAAUACCAUCACUAAUGUUCAGCCACUUCUGAUCACCAGUCACGGUACUGAGGAAUCUAGACCAAGGAAAGAUUCCUGGCUUCAGAACUCAUCACUCUUAGAGUCUGACAGCGGUCUGGCAUGGACUGUCCUGUGGGUUUUCAGAUGUCGGUACAGACCGGCCCAACUUAGCAUUGUACAUAUGGCUCAUCAGCUGGAAGAAGUUGAGAUCUGCCGGCAAUAUGUCCUGGAGCAGGUGUCUAGACUGCCUCAAUGUGAAUCUAGUGCAGGACGCUCCACAGAGCUUGAGAUGAGCAUAGAGGACAGAUGGAACAGAGUACUGCUGGAUACCUCAACCAUGGUGGAGUUCAAAAAGGCACAGCUCCAGCAGGUCACACAGUACCACCAGCAAAAACGGGUUCUCACGGAUACUCUGCAUAACCUGGAGGCUGAGCUCAACACAAUGACACAGGAUUGCAUUGACAGCAGCACCUUGCAAGUGGAGAAGCUGAAUGCAUUCCUGAAGAACAUGCAGAAGAAGAGAGGCAUACUAGAGGAACUCCUACAGACAUGCUCUCAGAUUUCAGCCCAUCUGAAUGAGGCAGAGGGACCUGUGGCCUGCAUUGAACCUUUCAGGACUUUACAGGAGAGAUGGCAAACUAUAGAGCGGGUUGCCUCCAGCAGUCUGUGGUGUGCUAACAUCUGCACAGCAGAAGUAUCUGCACUCCUGCAAGAAGCCAGAGAUCUGCACCAUGAACUGGAGCUUCUGGAGAAGUCAGUUUCUCUUCCGCAUCCCUCUCGAGGACAGAUGGACUGCCGAAGUGAGCUACAAGAAACUGUCAGAUCUGCAAACCUGACAGCAUUAGCGGAGCUCUACUUGUACCUUCUUGAGGUCUCUCAGGCUCUUUCCUCAAGUCCGCUGGGGAAAAAAGAGCUCAGAGAUGUGGAGGACGCAAUGCAGGGCCUGAAUUCUCAGCUUGCUCUGACUCGGGAGACGCUCAGCUCUCAGACUUCGAAUGGCAAUGGCUGUUCACCGAUCACGAGGAUUAUCAGGGACUACGUUACAUGGGCUAAACAUUCGGAAAGCAAAGUCAGCAGGAGAAGGAGGUUGGCUCUGUUUCCUGAAGAGGCGAGUCACCAGAUCAGCCACAUGAAGAAACUGCAGUCUGAAACAUCUCUUAAGAAGUUUCAGUUGGCCUCUGUAUUGAAAGAGCUAAGAGAGGAAGUUACAGGACUCGACAAGGAGGAUUCCAUGUCUCCCACCCUUGCUUCCCUAGAGGAUUUGUAUGUUAAGAUUACAGAGAAGACCGAAUGUGCUGUUGCAGAAAUUAACAGAAUGUUUCAUAUAAGAGAGAGGCUGUGGAAACAGAUCACUGACAGCAGCUCUUGGUUAACCUCAGUAUUAGAAAAAGAGUCUGGUAAAACAGUGGCUUCUGAACCUAAAACUACUAUCCCAGAAUUGAGGGUUCAGCUUCAGGUAUGCACAGAGGCUUUGAAGGAAGCCGAGAGACAAGCAAAUAACUUGGAGACUCUGUUAGAUGAAGUAAAAAGUGUGAAUCACGGUCUGAGUGUACUCGAAAGCUUUCAGCUUAUCAAUAGGCUAACAGCCUUACAAGAAGAGGUCUCUAGGGUUGUGAACCGUAAGUGGGCCUUGCGCUGGGUGCUUGAAGAACUCCUUCAUGCUCAGGAAUCUUCUGCUGAGGAACAGAACGUCAUUCUGAAGAGCUUGAGACAGAUGAAUGCUGAUGUCAUGAGGCAGAAGUAUCCCGUAACAAGGGACUCGCUCUUGGCUCUUGAACCUGUUCAGCACAUUCUGAUGGAGCUCCUGUGCAAGGUGCCGGAAAUUCCACACUGCCCAGAUUCUCGGAGAAAAGAGAUGCUCAACGCUGUACUAGACCUACAGAGGAGAAUGCAUCUGCUGGAGUUGCAAGCCAAAGAGCAUGAGGAGUGCCUCAUUUUAAGGCAGCACAUGGAGAACUCCAGAGAGGUGGUGAAGAAGAGCUUGUCGCAGAUUGUAGACUCAAGUGUAGGAGCUGACAUAAGGCUCGGCUUUUGUCAGGCUGUCCUGGUGGAGCUACCUUUGGUGAGAAUGACAUGUCAAGAGGCCGCUGACCACCUUGAGGCCGUUUCGAAAGAUCUCUAUCCAUCCCAGCUGACAGCAGAAAGGCAAAAAAUCAGUUUGGUCAUUGAGCAGCUCGCCUCUUGGGAGCUCACAGUAAAAAAUGAGGCUAAAACCCUUGAGUGCUUUCUGGCGGAGCGACUCGGGAGUCCUACAGACCUCAGUCCAUGCACUGAGCUCUUCAACAGUGUCAGGCAGCAGCUGAAGGAGAGCAUCUGCUUGGAGCCAGAUAAUAAGACCAUUGAUGCAGAGCUACGAAAGCACUGGAUGCGAAUCCAGACCGUUGAGUCUGUUCUACGAAUGCUGGAGCACUGCAGGAAAGCAGUAGAUGUUGAAAGCUACCAGACGACCACUGGUCUUGGCCAGAAAACUCUUAAUGAUUGCGGUAUGCAUAUGGACAAGCUGCUCCAAGCUCGGGAGGCACUGAAGCAUUACCACUGGGCUGUUCAGGGUGCAGAGAGCUUCUUUCAGCAGAUUGGAUCCAAUCUCAUGAUCCCCUCUGAUGGCUUCAAAGGCUACAAAGAGCAGCAUCGCUAUAUUCAACAGAUUUUCAGCACUCUGGUUGAGGGUUUCCAGGCCCGCUUGUCUGAAGUUGGUGCUUCUGUUCCCCAGCAGACAUGCCUCUCCAUCCCUCUAACCGAGCAGCUUCAUAUUGAGGUUUUGAGUCACCUUAUAGUACAAGAUGCCAAAUUAGAAUCUCAGGCUCAGCUCAGACUUGAGGCCUUACAGAGGUCCAUGAAAGACCAAAUUGUUCACAUGAGUCACCAUGAAGAAAUGAGCCAACUUCUCAAAAAUGUUGAUUCUCGAAUCUCUAGUCAAUGCUUAAGUCAAAAACCGACUGAUUCCGAAGCCUGCCAAGAUCAAAAGCUGAAAGUAAAGUUGCUCCAGACAGAGCUAAAGAACCUUGCUAAAAGGCUGGAGGAAUUGAGGGAAAGUUGCCCAGGUCUACGCUGCAAAGCACCUGUGGAUCUGAUGCUGGGACAGCUGUGGAGGUCUUGGGCAGUGCUGCAGUGGAGAGUAGAAUCACUCAAAGCCAGCAUGUCUCAUAAAGAAGCAGAGUGGAGAGACUUUGUGAUACGUAUGAAUAAAUCAAAGGAAGGUCUUGACAGACUGCAGAAUGAUCUUCCAGACUCCACUAUGGUGGCGGGAUCCCUGGUGGAUCUUCAGGUUGUUCUGAGCCUCACUGAGCGCCUUCAAGAUGGGAUUGAGCAGGAGCAUCACACUUUGGCAUCUCUACAACACCAUGUGGCACGAUUGCUUGGGGUCUCAAAUUUGCAGCAGCUGAAAUUGUGCCCUCAAAUCUGCCAGGACUUGCAGUCUUUACAGGGUCACUGCAGAAGCCUCAGAGAUCAGAGCAAUAACAUCCGUCGGGAGGUGCUUUUUGAGAUCCAGGAGUUGAGUCGUGUGCAGGAGGAGUUGAGUGCCAUUCAGCAGAAUGUUCUCUCUCUUUUGGCAGUUUUACAGUCAGAGUCAGCUGCUCAACACUUACAGGAAGUCAAAGUGGAAUUGGUUUCACAGAAGGCUCGACUGCAGGAUGUCAUGGACAGAGUGCAGAAGAAAUGGAGCUGUGUACCCUCAGAGAUUCAAAUCUUACAGAAUGAGCUCGACGUCUCCAUGCAGGAGGCUAAGGACAAAUUGGGCAUGGUCAUGGAGAGAAGUGGUCCUCUCCGUAAAAUGGGUGAGCUGAUUGGAGAGGUGACCGUAGGCUUGAAUUGUGUGCAGGCCCUGCUAAAACAAACAAGUCCUAAUUUUUCUGAGGCCGAACGUACACAAAAGCGUAUAUGGGAUGAGCUGGACCAGUGGCACACGCGGAUAGCUGAGCUGGAGGCUGAGGUGCAGGAUCUGGCUGAGCAAAAGCCUGAGAGAGAACACGUCCUAAUGGACCAGCUCACGGAGCCUCUGCAGCUCUACCAGACCACAGCCAAACAGGCCGAGCAAAGGACCGCCCUCCUCAGCAAAAUCCCUGCCUGUCUGCAGGACUAUGAGGGUUUACUCAAUAGCUCCAACUGCUGGUUGAGAGAGGCUCAGUCCUGGCUGGUCGCUCCCAGAACCUACACCACUGCGAAAUGCAUCCACUGCCACGCCAACUCCCUCAAGAUGAUGCUGGAUGAAUCAGAGGGAUACAGGGCAGCUCUGGAGGCCUUCCUGCCUGCCCUGCAGGAGAUCACUCUGGUGUGUGACACCAGCCCUCAACAACAACUUCUCCAACUGUGUAUACAAAACAUCACACUCAUACAGCAAAGCGUUCUGGAGCCUCUCUCCCACCUUCAGCACCUAGCAGCUGAGAUGGACGCCAUUGAAGCGGAGGUAAAGACAAUGGAGAAAAAUAUAACUAAGAUCAGAACAAUUCUUUCGGCCACUGACACAGAGAACAUUUUUCCUGAGGAACAUCUUAAGAACAUACAGGUCAUUCUGGAUAAUGUCCAGUCAAUGAAGAGGACCAUUGAUGAGAUUGAGAGCUGCAGGCCAGGCCUGGGGCUUCCUGCUGGGGCAGAACAGACUCUCACAGCCUUCCAUCGGGCCCAAGAGCUCCUGCAGCCAAUCCAGGAGCUACAGCAGCUCAGUGUGGAGCGGAACACCGCGUUAAUGGCCUCUAUUGGGCAACCAGCUGAAAUGAUUCUCCCUUCAGACCAAACCACAGAAUUCACGAUGCCUCAUCUUUACACUGGAGAUGUGAGGCAGGUGUCCAUGGAAGCCCCUUACACUGAGGAGGAAGAUGAAGACAAUCAGUCUUCAUCCUCAGGAACUCUCACAAGCAGUAUUCCAGAGGACCCAGAUGAGACAAUAGAGGAGGAAGAUAUUAAGACAGGCGCUGCCUCUGCUGUAACAGAGUGUGUCACUAAGGAAUCAUCUCCUGAAGAAGUAGUUGAUUUUCCUGCAAUUAAGCAUGUAAUACAGGACACUGACACAGGAAGUUGUUUACUGGAGCCUUCUGGCUUCUCUGAAAUGCCUGGCAUAGACAGCAGACCAGUUACUGAAGAGACAAUUUCCCUACCUGCACUAACAUCCCAACACUUAAAAGAAUUUACAAAUGAUAGUUGUCUGAAGCCUGACAGUGCAAAUAUAGCUAAGGAAAAGCAAAACGAGUGCACAGAAACCAAGCUGACUGAAGCAGUACCAGCAAAGCCAGGAAUAUGCUCAGAAAUCACCAUGUUAAAAGCAAGAGAUGCCAGUGAAUUGAUUGAAGAGUCUGAAUCUGUAGAUCAGAAUGAAGUAACUGUAAACACAGAAACAGGUACACGUGAUCAAGUGAAAACAACAGCUGCAAAGCCACCCGACACAGAGGCAGUAAAUGUUACUGAUGGUGACCAGACCCAGACAGAUACUAAACCCAUAGACGCCGCAGCUCCUCUUUUGCUCUCCUCCCAGCUUAUAGAAUGUGUGCCACAGGAAGAUACAACACUGGAAAUACAGAGAGAUCUGAUUGAGGCCAUCAUUCACGAGAGCAGCAGCCAGUCUCAAGAACACACAUUUCAGCACACAGCAACUGUCAGCGAUCUGUCACAGUCUGAAGGAGGAGGUGAAGAUCAAGAGAGUUUAGUCCAGCUUCUCACCUCAUUGAAGGAAACUUCGGAGACCCUUGGAUCAUGUCAGGAUAUCAGCUCUUUCGAGACGAGACAGCAUCUGUCAGAGAUUCCGGUGUCUGCGUUGAAUGCCAGUGAAUCACAGAUGGGAGACUCAAACAAACUCCUCAAGGACCUUUCAAGCAUUAAGAGUCUGCAAAGCGACACAUGGACUUUGGCGCUUGAGCGGCGGAGAUUAGUGGGACAGAAUAAUGUUGAUCUCCAGAGAUGUUCUGAAGCUCUUCUGAACGGUCUGCGGGGUCUCCAGGAGCUGGGCUUUGAGCGGCUGCUGCGCGGUCAGGAUGCACAGCCACAAAACUGCAGUCAGCUGCACAGUCUGCUCACAGAACACAAGAAAUACUACCAAGAUUUGGGGCAAAACCUUGUAAUGGAGAAGCUGCAAUACCCGAAGCUGCCAGAGGGGGCACUGCAGGCCCAAGCAGAGGUGGCGCAUUUAAUAUCAGCUCUACAGGAUCAAGCACAAACUCAUGGUGUCCGAAUGCAGCACAGCUUAGAGGAGUGGUCUCGGUACGAGGAGGUCACUGAGAGACUGUGUAAGCAGUUGGAUGAGAUGGAGACAAACAUGUCCAGUCUGGAUUCAGAGCCAGAGGGAGACCUGCAGGGACAGCUGCAGUCCUAUGAGGAGCUUGAAGGGGAGCUGAACCGAUCAGAGACCUGGACCCAGUUAACAGAGUUGUUUUCUGACUUGAAAGACAAACUCAACCCUUAUGCGUCUGAACUUUUGUCUGAUCGUCUAGAGAAAGAGAGAACUCGACAUCAAGCAGUGACUGAAGAUGUGCAUGCAGAUUUACUGAAGGCCCAGAAUGCAUUGCGGCUUUGGCUGGAGUAUGAGCGUCUCACGGGAGAGUGCUGCGUUCAGCUAAAUCAGCACUGGGAGAGGCUUGGAGAGCUUAUGAGUUCUUCAGACAGAGAAGAAAACACUGUAGAGCUGCUCAACAGCAGGAUGCAGGGCACCAGUGCUCUGGAGAAAGACAUGCCGGCCUUGCAAAGCAGUGUGGGAAAAAUCCUGGAGGCCUCGAAGCUACUCAUUGGGCAGAUGAAACCCCAGUCAGCCCCUCUAAUCAAAUCAGAAACAAGGUUGCUAUCACGUGACCAUGCAUAUCUUGGCAAGGCACUUUCUGACAUCGGGGCACAAGUUCAGGAGGAGCUGGAGGAGCACUGCAGUUUCAGCACUGAGUUGAAAUCAAUGGAGCAACAACUUAAAAACUUUGAGAGCAUUAUGACCUCCUCUGCUACAAGCAUGGAUAGACUAAAGAUGGUUCUGUUAGAUCUGAGUGGGCUGAACCCUAACCUUGCUGCUCUGAAUCAAACGAGUUUCAGACUCUCCUUAAGCUCUACAGAGGAAGAGAGGUUACAGUCCCUCAACGCACAGUGGGUUCAGGUCUUCUCUCAGGCUUCAGACCGACACAGGAAGAUGUAUGGAGAGCUGCUGCAUGCUCAGAACUUCCAACAGAAGUGUCAGUGCUGGAUGGAGUUCCAGGACAAAAUCAAGGCUGGGUUAUCCAAUCAGACGUCUGGAAACUGUGCUGCUGUAAAAGAGCAGCUAGCUGCACAUCAGAAGCUGAAAGUGGAGGUCCUCCUCAGCCAGCAGCUGGAUGCCAUAAUAAGUGAGGGUUUGCGCUUCCUGGAGAGCAGUCAGAAUGAGGACAGGAGUCAUCUGAUUCUGAGAGUCACCCAGCUAAAGGCACAAUGGCAGGGGACACAGCAGAGGGUCCAGCAGCAUGGCAGAUGUUUGGAAGGGCUGAUGGGACAGUGGCAACUCUAUGAGGCCGGCUCAGGGAAACUUUCAAAGUUACUCAGACACAUCGAAGAACUUCUGCCCCUAGCAGGACUUGCGCCGUGCAGCUUACAGCAAAUCCAAUGCUCUAUAAAAGACUUUGAGUGGACAGAGGAGCAACUACAGCUUCAUGAAGAGCUCUACAGGCAGACUGUGGAGGCAGGGGGACACAUCCUUCUACUAACAGAUGCGCAGACGCAGACAUGCCUGCAGACUGAACUGGAUGCUCUCAAAGAGAUGUGGGAGAGAAGCUGUGGCCUUGUGAGGAAAAGAAAGGCUCUUGCAGACACCAUAACUCAUGAGGACGAGGACUCGCUGCAGAUUUGGGCUGGAGGACUGAAAGAGCUGACCACUAUGAAGGCAGACGUGUCCCAGUACGUGCUGCCCGCAGACACCGCUCUGCUCCAAGGACAGGUGGAAGAACUUCACAGCCAAUGGGAAGAACUGUGCUUGAAGGUGUCCCUUCGCAAACAGGAAAUAGCUGAUCGCCUGAACGCCUGGAUCAUCUUCAAUGAUAAAAACAAGGAGCUCUGUGACUGGCUGACACAGAUGGAGAAAAAAGUGGCACAUAGGGGUGAAAACCUUAGUAUUGAGGAAAUGGUGGAGAAACUUAAAAAGGACUGUAUGGAGGAGAUUAAUCUCUUCAGCGAGAACAAGAGCCACCUCAAGCAGCUGGGCGAGCAGCUCCUAUUGGCCAGCGACAAGGCUAAGGAGGCAGAGAUUCACGGGGCCUUGCGCGAUGUCAACGACCGCUGGCAGCACCUGUUCGACCACAUUGAGGCCAGGGUGAAAAAGCUGACAGAAACCCUGGUGACAGUGCAGCAGUUGGAUAAGAACAUGAAUAACCUUCGCUCUUGGCUCACUCGCAUUGAAGCUGAGCUGGCCAAACCCAUUCACUACAGUAUCUGCCAUAGAGAUGAGAUCCAAAAGAGACUGGCUGAGCAACAGGAUCUGCAGCGUGACAUCGAGCAGCACACUGAAAGGGUGGCAUCUGUUCUCACCCUUUGUGACGUGCUUCUGCACGAUGAGGAUGCCUGCAGCAGUGAUGGAGAGAAUGACUCCAUCCAGCAGACCACGCAGCGCUUGGACCAGCGCUGGAGAAAUAUCUGCUCCACGUCUCUGGAGAGGAGGCUGAGGAUUGAGGAGACGUGGCGACUGUGGUGUAAAUUUCAGGAGGAUUACUCUUCCUUCGAGGACUGGCUGAACGUGGCUGAGCGCUCUGCUGCUGAACCCAAUUCAUCAGACAUCGUGUACACUGACGCCAAAGAGGAACUUCAGAAAUAUGAGGUUUUCCAAAGGCAAGUGCAUGAGAGUCUGACCCAGCUGGAAAUUAUUAAUAACCAGUACAGACGACUAGCGCGGGAGAACCGGGCCGAUGCAGCCAGCAGACUCCGGGCCAUGGUGCAUCAGGGGAACCAGCGCUGGGACGCGCUCCAAAGGAGAGUGGCUGCAAUACUGCGCAGACUCCGGCAUUUCACAUGUCAGAGAGAAGAGUUUGAGGGAACCCGUGAGAGCCUCCUCGUCUGGCUGACUGAGAUAGACCUCCAGCUGACCAAUGUGGAGAACUUCUCAGAGAGCCAUCUCCAAGACAAGAUGAAACAGCUGAAGAGUUUUAAGAAAGAGAUCACUAUGAACACCAAUAAGAUUGAUGCUCUGAUCGUUUUUGGGGAGGGUCUGAUUCAGAGGAGCUGUCCUCAAGAUGCUGUUGUGAUAGAAGAUGAGUUAGAGGAACUGCACACGUACUGUCAAGAGGUGUUCGGCAGGGUGGCCCGAUUCCACCAGCGCCUCACCAGUCUCCGCCCGCUGGACGUCAUUGAUGGUGAACAGUCCAGAGGGACACUGGCCACCCCCUCCUCCAGCCAGCCCUCCAUGUGCCUGCUAUCGCCACCUCAGGAGCACUCGGGCCGUGAAACCCCCGUCAAUGUGGAUUCCAUCCCUCUGGAGUGGGACCACACUGGGGACGUUGGCGGCUCUUCUUCACAUGAUGAGGAAGAGGAUGCUGCUGCCUUCUCUGCCCUGUCAGGACAGAAUUGGCACUUUCAAAACACACCUGAAGGGAAAUCCUUCCAGCUGGACUCCUCCUCACCUACACACACCAGCACUCCUUUUAAACAAGACUACGUCCAGCUGAUGUCUGAGUGCAGCGGCAGCAUUAAGAGUGUGAAGAAGGUUUCUAUGAUCCUGGAUGAUGAGGAACAGCAGGAGGAACAAGGCCUCACUGGCCUCAACACUGCAGACAAACAGUCAGGAGUGAUUGAGCGCUGGGAGCUGCUGCAGGCUCAAGCAGUGAGUAAAGAGCAGUGCAGCACCAGAGACCCCCAGCAGCUGACCUCUGACCUGCAUGACAUCACUUCCUGGCUGGAUCAUGUCACCCCUGAGCUGGACAGACUGCAGAAGCCCGAGACAUCCGUCAGUGUCGAGAUCUUAGAAGAGAGGGUCAAACAACUUAAAGAAAUGCAGAAGACAUUUGCUCGCUAUAAGACCAUGAUGCUGUCUCUGAACCUGGGUGGGCGAGAGCUGCAGCAGGGGGCUACAGGAGGAGCACCUGAGCUUCAGGAGGGUCUGCGCAGCAUGAAUCACCGCUGGACAGAGGCUUGUGCGGGACUAGAGGGAUGGGAGAACAGUCUGCGCACCACCCUAGGACGCUGUCAGGAGUUCCACGAGAUGGUCCACUCUCAACUGCUAUGGCUGGCCCAUGCAGAGAGCAGACGCUACACAGUGAACCUGAACGACCCUUCUGUGCAGCCCUCCAUGCUUCAGGAACACAGGAACACGCUGAAGGAUCUGGCAGAGGAGCUGCAGGGCAGGCAGAAGCAAGUGAACUCCCUGCAGGCGAUCGUCUCCGAGCUGCUUCCUGAGGCUGGUGGGGAGGACAGUGCUGAAGCUAGGGAAAAACUCCAUGUUAUUGGAAGCAAACUACGACUACUGUCAUGUCAAGUCGACCAGGAUCACCAGACGAUUCAGGAGAGAUUAGAGUCCAUGACUGAUGCUUCGGGAGACAGGAAAUCCACACAAUGCUCUCGGCCAAAGCGUGACCCAUCACCUCAGCGUUCGUUCUUCUAUCGGGUCCUGCGAGCGGCUUUCCCUCUGCAUCUCCUGUUCCUCCUGCUGUUGGUUCUGGCCUGCUUGGUGCCUCUUUCUGAAGACGAUUACAGCUGCACCUUUUCCAACAAUUUUGCCCGCUCUUUCCACCCCAUGUUACACUACACCAACGGUCCUCCCCCCACAUGAGUCUCUCAGCACCUCACUUUUGUCCAACCAAUAUUUGAAUGGUUGUAUUGAUGUUUUACUACUUAUUCCCCUUUGAGAGCCAUACUACUGAGAAUUUUGUUGUUAAUGUUACAGUUGGGUGUGAUAAAAAAAAAUUGUCCCUUUU